AUGCUGUUCCCUCUGGUGCUGUGUGCCCUUGUGCUAACAGGGAGUGGCAAAGUUCAAGAGGAUGAGUGGAUUGACCCCACGGAUAUGCUCAAUUACGAUGCAGCGUCAGGAACGAUGAGAAGACCUUACAAGGCAAACUAUCAUGACCCUGAGGAUAAGACUGUGGAUACAGUCAGUACUGAAAUCUUGACGAGUUGUUCCAGGGAAACAGCUUCCCUGCAGCAGAAGAUUGCAGACUGUGAGAAGAGGAAUGCCAAAUCACAUGAAAGCCGUAGCUUUUAUAUUUUUAAGCGAUACUUGAAUAAGAUUUUAAAUGAAGCUGGAAAACUUGGCCUUCCUGAGGAAGAUGUGGACCACGUCCAUUACGAUGCUGAGAUCAUCCUUACAAAACAGACGUACUUGGAGAUCCUGAGGUUUCUCCGUGAGGACACUUGGCAGUCAGGGGCUGUGGAUGAUGCACUUAGUGAUAUUUUGAUCAAUUUUAAGCACCAUGAUUAUAAAGCUUGGCACUGGAGAUUUGAAGACACUUUUGGAAUUGAUCUAUACAAUAUGUUUCUGAUACUUUUGUGCUUAGUGUGCAUUGUAAUUGUAAUAGCUACAGAGCUCUGGACACGUAUUCAUUGGUUUGUUCAGCUGAAACGUGUUUUAUUAAUAAGUUUUCUCAUCAGUUUUGCAUGGAAUUGGCUUUACUUGUAUAAGCUGGCCUUUGCGCAGCAUCAAGCAGAAAUAGCGAAAAUGGGGCAGUUUGAUAAUAUCUGUGCUGAGAAGUUGGACUGGAGGGAAAGUCUUAUUGAAUGGCUCAGAAGUAAAUGGACGUUUCAGGACGAUCCCUGUCAGAAGUACUAUGAAACUCUACUAGUCAAUCCUGUUCUGUUGGUUCCACCAACAAAGGCAUUGGCAAUUACUUUCACCAACUUCGUAACUGAGCCCUUGAAGCACGUAGGACAAGGUUUUGGUGAAUUCAUCAAGGCACUUAUGAAGGAGAUACCGUUUAUUCUGCAGGUUCCAGUGCUAAUUAUGAUGGCUCUGGCUGUCCUGGCUUUCUGCUAUGGUGCAGGAUCAUCUGUGUCCGUAUUAAGAUACGUCACAUCUUUUCAGAAGAGAAGUCUUCCUCCACCUGAUAGUCAGCAGGAGCAAAUAGACUUUGGACAGUAUGAUGGGAGUAAAUCAGAUGGCUAUUAUUUGCAGAAGGUUCCUUACGUUUAUAGAGGACCCUGUGACAGAGGAGACGCUCCUACGAGACCAGGAAAUGGCAGCAGAAGUCCUGACACUGUGCAUAAAAGCGAAAAGCCAGAUACGCAAGUAGAAGAGUCUCACAAACCAGAACCUGGUAAUAGAUUGCACACUGAGUCUGAAGUUUGUAGACUAGAAACUAUCACAGCUGGAAACCUUACUGAAGAACAUGUACUUGAGCAGCAGAAACAAGAGACAGGCAAAGCAGAGCAAGAGACUGGAGAAAACUGCGAUCCUAAUAAAAACCUAGAAGGGAAAUGUGCUGCGACGGAACCACAUGAAGAGAAGAAAAAGAGCAGUUCGCAUGACUCACGGGAAGGAGACUAA